AUGUCUCGUCUCGCUGUAGCCUCCGUCUUGCUCGCCCAGGCACUCCUCGCUCUUUCUGUACCCAGUCAAACACCCACUCUCGUCGAGCGUGCUGUCGCUUACUACGACCCGAAUGCUAACGGCGGAUCCAUGCUCGACGACGCUGGAUCUGGUGGCGGCGAGCCUUUGAACGUGAUCAUCUCGGGUUUGAGCUCUGCAGACGUUCUCACCGACGACGGCGUGCUCAACUAUGCGCGCGCAAUCGGGUUCUCGACAGAAUGCUUCGGGAUUCACCUCGGGAACCCACAGUCCGCUAAUCUCGGCGACGGGAACGGAUGGGUGAACCAGACCGUCGAGCUGCGUCAGGAUUAUGGAGAUGCGGAUGUGGGGACGUGUUUGGAGAGUUUGAUUGGGGGCAACCAUUUCAGGGUGUAUCGCCAGAAUGGGACACAGGCGGAUAGUGGGGCUUUGUUCCUUGCUGUCUCGAAAGAGGAAGAUGUCACGGAGGGUCAUACGAUCGUUCCUGACGGGUACGAUAUCGGGCGGGAUAACCUCGUCACCAGCGCCGUCGGCUCCACAUCUUACGGCGGCGUCUCCUACACGACCACAGCGCAGAACGUCACAGGUUUGUUGGCGGCGGGGAGUGUGGGUGUUAACCACGAUAUCGCCGUGGACGGAAUCGUGACCCUCCUCACCGUCACCAUCGAUUGA